UACGCGUCUCAUUCGAUUCAGCGGGGCCUAUAGGCCAUAUAGCCCAAGAUGGAAUCCCCAGAUCCCAGUGACGGCGGAGGAAUCUACGCGUCAAGCCCCCCGGAGACCUCCGGGGACCCCGCGAACCUCCCCCAAGAGCCCAGGACAGCGACGACCAGGGACCACCCCAUGGAACUAGGGCAGAAUACCAGUAAAGAGCACCAAGAACCCUUAGAGAAGCCAAAGCAGGCACCCUGGACAUCAGUGACCCGGGCCAAAGGGGGCAGUGGUAUACCCAAGCGGACACAACCGCGCCGCGCAGCAGCCCCCCAGAGCACAGAGCAAUCAAUGCGGAAGUGGACCAGCGUGCUAGCAGAAGACCUCAAAUCAAGCCUAGAGGAGCAACUCCAUGGAACUAUACAAGCGCAGGAACCAUCUCUCGCGGCCCAAACCCACCCCUACAUUUGGGGGUUUUCCUGGUCGAUUUUUAUAUCUCUUUAUAGAUCUAUUCGCACACAUCAAUUUCUCAAGUUUUGACCCCCUACUUCUUCCUCUUUAUUGAGUGGCGGUCCCACGAAAUCCUCAUUCACUGAAAGAAAUUUUCGUGUUCUCCGCCCGCCCAUAGGGGUGCCCAUACAGACCACUAGUGCACUCCGCCAUUCACUGGUGGCUGCCUUAGGCAUCACCGCUGCCAUCCUGCCUGGCAGACAGUG